AUGUGCACUCGCGCGCCUCCCAGUGGGACAAAUGAUGAAAAGGUGCUGUACGAGAGAUUGCAACUCAUAACUACGAUACAUCCCGGGUCCGCCAGUAUUCGUCCGGUCCUCGAUACCUUCGAGCUUGUGCGCAAGAAUGGGAACGUGCACGUCUGCCUGAUCCACCCACCUCUGCAAUGUACCAUGUUCGCCUUCCAGAGAGUAGGUGGGAGGCCGGUGCCGCUUUCCGAGGGACUCGUCAAAGCAGCUAUGAGAAAGCUGCUUAAAGCUCUUGAUUAUCUUCACACUGAGGCUGAUGUGAUCCAUUGUGACGUAAAGCUGUCGAAUCUCAUGCUGCAAGUUGAAGAUGAAGACGUCUUUCGAGAUUUCGAACAAGCGGACGAGAAUUCCUCAAGCCCGCGCAAACAAGUAGUGAGGAACGUACGAUCUACACAUCUCGACCGCUUCGAAGAUCGCGAGCGUAUGCAUAUGGCUCUCCCCAGUUGUGCGAUUUUGGGGAAGCCCGGACAGGAUUGA